AUGGAUCACCUUUUCCGGAGAAAACGAGUCGGUCUGCUGAAACCCCUGCUGAGUCUGAGUCUCGUCUUCGCUUCUUUUCUGAUGAUCCACAAGCUGAAGCUGGCCGAGAAGGACGCAGUGGGAGUGAAACAUAUUCGUGAUACCGGCUGGUGUGGCUCCGACUGUUUUUCAUUCAAGAAUGAAGCCGUGAAACAUCCUCAACAUUUGAGGAGCUCAGACUCCUCGGUGCUUAGCAACGAUUUGGAUGCGCAGCGGGUCUCUAACGGGACUCCGGCUUCUUGGGACGCACAAGUUCUUAACUGCAGCGAGGACGCAACAGUGAGGACCAAGGAUUGGUUCAAGCGCCUGGACCCGAGGUUUCACCAGUUUGUCCUGCACAGACACUGCAGGUACUUCCCCAUGCUCAUCAACCAUCCAGAGAAAUGCACGGAUGGAGAGGUGCACCUCCUCAUGGUGGUAAAGUCCGUUAUCGAGCAGCACGACCGGCGCGAGGCUGUGCGUAAAACCUGGGGCAACGAGCACACGGUGGAUGGGAAGAAAAUAAAAACGUUAUUUCUUUUAGGGAGCCCGACUACUGGCAAAGACACAAAAAACCUCCAGAAACUGAUCGAGUAUGAGGACCAGAUAUAUGGGGACAUCCUCCAGUGGGACUUCAUGGACACUUUCUUUAACCUGACCCUGAAAGAGGUCAACUUUCUCAAGUGGUUCGACAUCUACUGCUCAGGGGUCCAGUUCAUAUUCAAAGGAGAUGAUGAUGUGUUUGUGAACACUCACAACCUGCUGGAACUCAUCGGCUUCAAAGAGGAGGAUCACAAGGAGGCAGACUUGUUCGUGGGGGACACAAUCUCCAAGGCGAUCCCCAUCCGAAACCGGCAGAGCAAAUAUUACAUUCCCAAAGAGCUCUACGAUAAGCCAUAUCCUCCUUAUGUGGGGGGUGGAGGGUUUCUCAUGUCCUCCCCGCUAGCCAGGAGGCUCUUCGUGGUCUCGGAGGAUCUGGAGCUGUACCCCAUCGACGAUGUGUUUUUGGGGAUGUGCCUACAGAAGCUGCACCUGGCCCCUGAGAUGCACCCUGGCUUCAGGACCUUUGGCAUCACCAGGCGCAGGGUGAGCCCCAUGAACAAUGAGCCGUGCUUUUAUAAAAACCUCAUCGUCGUGCACAAACUGAGUGCAAAGGAGCUUCUCAAAAUGUGGAGUGUGGUGCACAACGAGGCACUGGUGUGCGCAAAAAGGACCUCCAUAUGAGUCACUUUAUAUUAAAAAAAUCAAUCAAAUUCACUUAAAAUGAACUGACUGUUGGAAUGCACAGAGGACCUGAGUUUAUUAAUGAAUCUGCUGAGUCAUGUUGUGGAAGAAGGUUGCAUUUCAUCCAUGAAACAGCAAUAAUAUGUUUUAAUUAAAUGAUAUUUAAUAAAGAAACACUCAUAUUUCACUGAUGUUUUAUACUGUACAGCACAUUUUGCAUUUCCAUUUUUAUAUGUAACAUUAAAUGGAUUUCCACUCCACAGGUUUUCACUUCACAUGUUUUGCUAUACCUUGAUUUUCCAGUGAAUGGAAUCAUACUACACAGCUCCUGGGUAUACAAGCAUCCAAAGGAAGCUUUCUUGGUGCCAAUUCAGACUGCAGAUUCAUUACUCACUUUAUGGUGGUUAACCUGAAAUCCAAUGUUGAUGGACAUGUGAUAACGUAAUGCCUCUUUAAUGCAGGCUAAAUAAAGACUUGACUUUUUAAAUUCAG